AUGGCCCGGGACUACGACCACCUCUUCAAGCUGCUCAUCAUCGGCGACAGCGGUGUGGGCAAGAGCAGCUUGCUGUUACGUUUUGCAGAUAACACUUUCUCAGGCAGCUACAUCACCACCAUCGGCGUAGACUUCAAGAUCCGCACUGUGGAGAUCAAUGGUGAGAAAGUGAAGCUGCAGAUCUGGGACACGGCUGGCCAAGAGCGCUUCCGCACCAUCACCUCCACGUAUUAUCGGGGUACCCAUGGGGUCAUCGUGGUUUACGAUGUCACCAGCGCAGAAUCCUUUGUCAAUGUCAAGCGGUGGCUUCACGAAAUCAACCAGAACUGUGAUGACGUCUGCCGGAUAUUAGAUGUUCAACUGCAUCACAGAGCUGGUCCUCCGGGCAAAGAAAGACAACCUAGCGAAACAGCAGCAGCAGCAACAGAAUGACGUGGUGAAGCUCACGAAGAACAGUAA